AUGGCCUCGGAAAAAAACUGCGCCGCGAGGGCCCUUCCAUUCUGUAUCUUUCUGUUUUUACGAACAAUUUUCGCCGGUGAGCGAUAUUGUCGAACAGUGCAAUCGGUUUCAAACCGUGCACUGGAAGGUCACGUGAUAACUGUGUUGGCAACUUCGUCGGUUGAAAAGUGCCAGGUGAAAUGUGAGACAAACCCUGACUGCUACAGCACAAAUUACUUGUCUUCCUCGAAAUCCUGUGAGCUGAACAAGGGAACUCGAUUGUCGCAUCCUGAUAACUUUCUACCGCGAGAAAACACGGUGUAUUUUGACAAUCUUUAUCGCUCCUAUCACGCAUGCGUGCACCCUCCCUGUCAAAAUGGUGGUAAAUGCAUAUUACGGACGCAGAGUCCUGGGUACGAGUGUCAGUGUCCACCAAAGUACAGUGGAAAUAAUUGUCAAGUUUGCGAUGGUGAUGCACUGGGUAUUUACGACAAAUUACGCAACUUGACAAUAUCUGCAUCAUCGUCUGAGCCUGACAGUCCGCCAGCCAGCGGUCGUAUUUACGAGGCAGGGGGAUGGCGAGCCUUAACUAACGAUUCUCAUCCGUAUUUGGAGAUAAGAUUUUCUUCUGAAGAACUCAUAACAGCAGUAGCCACACAGGGUUGGAAAGAUGCAAAUAAUAUGCAGCCAGACUGCUGGGUCAAAGAAUAUUUCCUUGAGUACAGUGAAAAUGGAACGACUUUGAAGAUACAUAAAGAUGGCUCGAGUAGGAGGGUUUUUCCAGGAAACUCAAACGCUAAUGGCAAUGUGAAGAACCUAAUUAGCAAACCAUUCCGAUGUAUAGCGUUAAGGAUUCGCCCUAUUAGCUGGGAACAGCGACCGGCCAUGCGCACUGAAGUAUAUGGAUGUGACGUAUUUUGA